AAUGAAUUAUAUGUUAGUCCAAGAAAGAAGGCAACACUGCAUAGGAAUAACCCAAAAGGAUUCCAAAAUCCAGUUUCUUACCCAUCACAUUCCUCUUUUGUUCUUCCUUAUUUGACCCAUUUUAUACCCAUCAUCAGAUCUCUCUAUUUCAGCAGGAGAUUGCAAAUAUGGAAGACAAUGGAGGAACUAAACUCAACGGUAUUCGACAGAUUGUUCGGCUCAAAGAAAUCAUCCAAAGAUGGCAGCAUGUGACACUGGGGCCGAAAGGAAACGAUGAGGCGGAUAACAGUCCUCCGAUAAGCAAUCGUUCAGGCGCAGGGAUUAAUCCGGCGAUAAGCAUGAGAUUGAAAGGCUACAAUGUGUAUUCUGAUUCAGAUGUUGAAGAUGGCUGCCAGAGCCCUGAUCUACCAAAUGAUGUCCCUAAAGGGUACCUGGCAGUUUAUGUAGGGCCCGAGCUUCGACGGUUCAUCAUUCCAACGAGCUAUCUUAGUGAUCCGUUGUUUAAGGUCUUGCUUGAAAAGGUUGAAGAAGAGUUCGGGUUUGAUCAUAGCGGCGGGCUUACUAUUCCCUGUGAGAUUGAGACCUUCAAAUACCUUCUCAAUUGCAUGGAACAUCAUCAAAAGCUAUGAUUGAAGGGAUAAAGACCAACACAUCAACUGUGCAGCUUAUUCUUGUGGUACGCGGAUUUGACAUUCUUUUAUCUGUGUUUUCGUUCUUCCCUCUUUCAAGUAUUCAAGCGGAAGAGACUCGAAGAUAUAGUUGGUAGAAAAACUUGUGGUUUCCUAGGUCCAGUUUAACUUUGUGAUGUUAAAUUUGUUGCGUUCUUGGAUUCUUUUAACAACAUUUGAACUCUAGACGUAUUCAUCGUGCAAUGCAAAUUGUGUUUUACUCCAAA